UGGCAAUGCAAAGAUUAGUCGUCAGUUUCGUGUGCCUCCAUUUUCCAAUUGUUUGGCAAGGACGUACGUACUUAUCUGUCAAUGCUUCUUGCAUCCUCGGCCUCCCAUUCUCUUCUUCUUUAUCUUUAAGCUUGCAUUUCUCUCAUGUAAGAAAUGGCUACGAAAAUUUGGUCGAUUCUGGAUCAUUAACCGGAAAUAUCACCAUAUAAUUUCUCUUCUUUUCUCGCCAUAGUCCCUUCUCUUGCUCACCCUCUUCUCCAUUGGUACUAACCGGAAAUAUCUGCCUUUGGAAGGGCCCUCUCCAGUUUAGUCAAGGGUUAUUACUUUGCCAAUGGUAACAAUAUGGAUUUUAUAUCCUCUUAAUUAGCUAAUUUGCUGCUGCUCUUGCCACAAACAAAUGAAGAUGGUGCUAGUGCUAUGCACCUCAUCAAGUAGGUCAAUAUGAGAUUUUCAAUCCUGACAUAACAAUACCUGAGCUUCUGAGUCAGAGUACAUGUAAGAAGAACAAGAUUAUUGGGACAUGAAGGCUCGUCUUAGCAGCCAGCCGGAGAUAUAGGUACUAUGGCGAGCAAUUUACAGAACAAAAGUCCACUGACACGGGAGUUUCCACUCGAGUUCUUACAAAGUAUUACGAAUAACUUUUCUGAGGACCGCAUAAUUGGCGAGGGUGGGUUUGCAGUAGUUUACAAGGGAGUAUUGGACAAUGGGGAAGAGAUUGCCCUGAAAAAGCUUACUCACACAGGGACUGAAGACACAAAAUUUGCAGAUGAGUUCAAUAACAUUGUUAGGGCGCGUCAUCAAAAUAUUGUACAGUAUGUUGGCUACUGCUAUCAUCCAGGUAGAUGGAUUGAGCACAAUCAACAAUAUGUUUUUGGUCAUGAGCCAACAAGAAUUCUCUGCUUUGAAUAUUUGCACGGUGGAGACCUUGGGAGACACCUUUCUGCAGAAGAGCAGCCAUGCGGACUUGAUUGGCAGACAUGCUACAAAAUAAUUCGGGGAGUGUGUGCAGGUUUGAAGUAUCUUCAUAGCGUAGAUAUUUACCAUCUAGACUUAAAGCCAGCAAAUAUAUUGCUGGACAACAACAUGAUGCCGAAAAUAGGAGAUUUUGGUAUAUCAAGAGUCUUACCUUCAUCAAAAACCAUUACCACCAAACCAGGAACAUUGAUAGGGACAAUGGGAUUCAUGCCACCAGAAUAUAUUGACAAACAAGAAAUCUCAUCAAAAUAUGACAUGUUCAGUUUGGGUGCUAUACUCAUACAAAUAAUGGCAGGACGCAAGAACUACUGCGAUUGUGGAAGUGUUCCUUCUGAAAAUUUCAUUGAUCUUGUAUGUGAAAUAUGGCGAAAAAAAGUACAUCCAGCAAUGUGGUCACACACAUGGAAAGAAGUUAAGGCAUGCAUCAGAAUAGCAUUAAGAUGUCUGGAGUAUGACCGACAUAAAAGGCCCACUAUAAGAGAGGUCGUCGAUGAGCUUAAUAGGAUCGAUAUUGAAGACAUCGUUGAUGAACUUGAUAGGAUUGAUAUUGACAUUUCUUCAGUUAGAGAUGAGGCUAUUAACUUACAAAGCAGGGUGGCAUUGGCCUAUAACCAUUACAAGAACUCAGCUUCGAUAGGGGCCCAUGCUAGCAGCAGCCAGCUCAAUUUCGCUCUUAACCCUAUGGACUACGAACACGAGUCCGUCAUGAGGAACCCGGAGUCCCAUGCUAUUGGAGGGCAUGCGGAUGUGUUGCAGACCAAUCAGGGUCACCGCUUCCAGAACCAAAAUCUCAGCUAUUUAGUGCUCUUUUGGUGCAGUUGUUCUGGAUUCAUUAGGGAGGAAGGAAGUGUUCAUACUCUUGUCACCAAGGAUAGAAUGGAUAUUACUGGGGUUACUAGUGACAACAAUGAGUAUGUCAAUCUUUUUCAGUGGGCUAGAUCUGCUAUUUCAUCGAAAUGGAGAGGCACUGAGGAGAAAGGCUUUCAAAAUAAACUGUUACACUUGGGAAGGGGCUUGCAACGUCUUAGUGAUACACUUCCUGAAAAGUAUGACCUCAUUAAUCGAGUAGAGUGGAGAAACCACAAAGAUGGUGUGGUUGGGCUCCUUCCAAAACUAAAGGAUGUGGUCUAUGAUGUUGAAGACCUUCUUGAUGAGCUAAGAUGGUACAACCAUAAGGUGAUAGUGGAGGGCAAUGCUAGCCAAUCAUCUAUUAUUGACUUCUUUAAUAGCUUCAUCAAUUUGAAUGAUAUCCAUGAAAGGUUGGAUUAUAUUUCCAAUAUCCUAGAGAAAAUGGGGCUUGGUGAAUUGACACCACGGUUUGACAAAACAGUUAGGCCGGAGACUAGCUCUUUCCCCAAUGAAACAAAAAUAUUUGGUCGUGGCAUGGAGCUAGAGCAGAUCUUGGGAUUGCUCGUGCCUAAACAUAGUAACACUCGUUUGAAACACAAGAGGGAAACUAGUGCAGAUGAAUCAAUACCAAAUCUUAUGGUUUUGCCGAUAGUUGGAAUUGGGGGUGUUGGAAAGACCACUUUGGCCCAGCAUAUCUGCAGUCAUCCACAAGUGAAAUCUCACUUCAACCCAAUAAUUUGGAUUUGUGUCUCAGAUGAUUUUGAUGUGAAGAGAUUGACUAAAGAGGUUAUCGAAUCUAAUCCUGGUAAAGUAGCAACAAGUGACAAUCUAAAUUCUCUUCAGAAUGCUCUUUCAAAGAUACUGCACAAUAAAAGGUUCUUGAUUGUCCUCGAUGAUAUGUGGGAUGAUGCUCUCAAGGAAAAUGGCCAGUGCUGGAAGAGGUUUUGUGCACCUCUGCAAGAUGUGCUACAAGGAAGUAUGAUAUUGGUCACCACUAGAUCUCCAAAGGUUGCUGGUUUAGUGGCUAAAAGUAUGGAACCAAUUAUAUUGGAAGGAUUAGACGAUGGUGUCUUUUGGAAUUUCUUCAAACUAUGUGCAUUUGGGUCUGAGAGUUCUGAUGAUUUUCCAGAGUUAGAGCUGAUUGGUAGAAAAAUAGUUCCCAAGUUAAAGGGCUCUCCUUUAGCUGCUAAAACUCUUGGACGAAUGUUACAGGAUGACCUUCGGACAUCACACUGGAAUUGUAUACUAGACAAUGAAUUGUGGGAGUUGGACCAAGAGACAACUGAAAUUUUGCCAGCCCUUCGGUUGAGUUACAUGUAUUUACCAUUCCACUUGAAAAGAUGUUUCUCAUUUUGUGCCGUGUACCCCAAAGAUAGGGAGUUUGAAAGGGAUUAUCUAGCUGAAAUUUGGGCUGCAGAAGGCUUUGUGAAAUGUCAAGGUGUUGUUCCACUUCAACAUAUUGGUUGUCAAUACUUUAAUGACCUUUUAAAUCGGUCCUUCUUUCAAGAAGUUCAAGGCAAAUACUUAAUCCAUGACUUGUUGCAUGAUAUGGCACAAAAAGUUUCCGAGGAUGAUUGUUUCAUUGUGAAAAGGACUGUUGACUUCAAAAGGGUUCCUCAGAAUGUCCGGCAUUUGUCUGUACUCACUGGCAAAGACAUAUACAAGUCUGACUUGUCGAGCCUAAGCCAGUACAAAAAGCUUCGUACCCUUAUUUGCAACAAACCUUUGGGAAAUAAAAAAACCCCAGCUCGUUUGGUUGAAGAUUGGUGCAAUGAACUUCUGCGUAUGCGUGUGAUUGUUUGUGCGUCUUUGAAUGAGUUACCAGCUAGCAUUGGCAAACUGAAGCAUCUUCGGUACCUUGAGAUAUCUAGAUCUUGUUAUGUCACCAGUUUUCCUACAGCAUUCUGUAGGCUCCAUAAUUUACAGGUUUUAUGUGUCAAGAAAUGCCAGGUUGAAAGCUUGCCCAGUGACUUCAAUAGGUUGAUCAACUUAUGGAGAUUUGAAUCACAGGGAUUUAAAUAUGGUCCAAAUAUUAGAGGAUUUCCAGAAGAAUAUUAUGGAGUAAAUAUUGAUGUAGCCGAAGAUAAGUUUGGACUAGGAUGUAGGUUCAUAAAGAAUGUGAAGCAACUUCGUGGACAUUUGGUGAUAAAUAAUGUUUACAAGCUAAGCAAGUAUCAUUCAGCAGAUGCCAAUCUAAAGAAUAAGGAUUGUUUUGACAAGGUGACGCUGCAAUGGGGAAAAUGGAGUACAAAAUUCAGCGACGAAAACAAGAUAGAAGUCCUUGCAGAUCUACAACCUCCUGCUAGUACCAAGUCUCUUGUCCUUGAGGGUUACCCAGGUGUUUCUCGUCCAAGCUGGUUUGAGCCACAAAGCCUGCCAAGCUUAACAUCCGUUUCAUUUCUUCAUUGUGAUCGACUCAGGAAUAGGAUACUUAAUGGCAGCACUGGUUUCUCGUCCCUGACAGAUCUAAUCAUUGAUGGGUGCUACCGUUUAUCAAGUCUCAAACAGCUUCUCCACCCAACUUAUCUACCAGUCAUCAAGAGAAUUGCACUUAUGAACUGUCGGUACUUAGUAUCUGUACCGACCGAACGAUUUGGGGAUUUUCGUUGCCUUGAAAUAUUCAAGCUGCUGAAUUGUGGAAAAAUAAACUCCGCGAGUUUGACUGCCCCCUCUCUCAAGAAGCUCAUGCUAGAUGGUAGCUGUGGGAAUCUCACGGACAAUAUCCAAUGCUGCUCUCUCACCAACUUUUUCCUGACAGACGGCACGUCCAUCCAACUACAAAUGUGGAAUCUUCCUGCUCUACAGGAAUUGCAUAUUAAAGGUGGAUCUCUUACAUCUAUUGGGCAAUCUGGACAUGUCUUCACCAACCUUACUUCCCUAACCAUCAGCUGGUGCGAUAAACUGUCCACCAUUGAUGGCCUCCUAGAAAAAGAAUAUCUACCUGCCAUUGAGAGCAUUACAUUUGCCGACUGUAUGAGUUUGUCCAUGCAUGGUGAAAGGUUUGGGGAUUUUUCUUCUCUGAAGGAUUUGAAAGUUUCUAGCUGCCAUAAAAUCAACUGGGCGGGAUUGGUGUUACCAUCGUCACUCCAAAGUCUCCACUUGUAUUCAUGUGGAGAUAUCUCUUCAUUUAUUACCAGCGGCCUAGAAAACCUUCAAUCCUUAGUUUCACUAAAACUAUCAUGGUGUUCGCAUAUAAGAUCCAUUCCAGGCCACCUUUGGAGCAGUACUCUCUCAUCGCUCCAGGAAUUACAGAUUCACUUUUGUUGGGACCUUGUGUCCAUUGGUGGAGCAGAUGACAUUUCAGAAAUACAAAAUGUGUGGAUUGAGGACUGUCGAAAUUUGAAGGGAAUAGAGCAGCCUCUGAAAAGAGGCAGCUUCUUCAUAGCCAAGAAGAAAGAGCAGCCUGUGAAAACAAGCUCAAAAUCGGUCUGGUGCAUGCCCACGGGGGAUUGAUGAAGGGGGUGGUGCUAGCUAGUGCGGCUAAUACCUCUUAGCUUCUGUAAUCUUGUUUUUGAUUGUUGCUUUGUGCUGUACUGCUUUUAUGUACAGACUUGAUUGGCAGGACGGAUUGACUGAUGCGCCAGGUUUUUUGUCCCAUAGGUUAUGCUCGAGCAGAGUAUAACUAGUGGGUUUUCCUGACCGAUGUCGAAUCGCGAACCUUUUCCCUGUUUCUAAGUAUUGUUGCUGAGUAUAACCGGUGGUCAGUUCAUUUUGUUGAAAAUUUAGUCAGAAUAUGCAAUGUUAUACAGUUAUUUACUA